AUGAGCAGAAACGGCGGAGUUUGGCAGAGCAAUAACGGUUACUACGGCUACGGCUAUGGAGGAGGAUAUGUGGAGAAGAGACAAUUGUUCCUUAAGAGCUACCAAUUCUCGAAGAAACAGAGCUUCACUGAGAAAAUCAAGAGAUCUGUGAAGAGAGUGGUGAAGAAAGUUGUUUGUAUGAGGCUGAAAUCAGCUCGGAGACUAAAACGCGUCGUUUGGUCGCGUCUCAAAACGGCGUUUUACUGCCGCCGUAGACGCUUUUUUCGUUUACUUCACCCAAACAAAUCCUCUUACUGCUUCUACUAA